CGGUGACUGAAAACAGACGUAUAACACAUUUUGACUGCAUGCGAUACGAACGUCUACAAUUUGGAUACAAGAACAAUAUUUUCACAGUUGAACAACGCGACGAUGGGGAGAUUUCUCUUUAUACUGUCAUGCACGCUAGGACUCUGUUUUGGUGGCGUCAUCAACAUGGGUCUACAACCGUACUUAAACAUGAAAGGUGGGUACAACUGUAAGAAACACGGCUAUCAUCGUUCCUGGACAUCCAUGAUGGGAAAUGCUGGCUAUGAACCAUCCUCGAACUAUGGCGUCGGGGGGUUUAAUGUCCCCGCUAGAUUUGGAGGCGCUCCAAUGCCGAUGGGGGUCAAAGCGUUUGAUUCUGACAACCAAGUUAACGACAUGAAAAGAGAUAGCCAGGCGGCAUUUGGAAACCCAAUGUCACUCACGAAGGGGUUAAAGAUUCCGGAUCCGUUUGCCAAGGUCACUGGGUUCGGCGUGUCUGAUCUUCAUGCCCCGGUCAAGGGGUUCGGAAGUUCCCUAUUCCCGCUUCCGGGAGGGUUAGAUUCAAGCAUGUACAGCGGUUUCGGUGGAAGUCAGCAGUUCCAGGACCUCGGGCUGUUCGGCCCUUAUGGGCAGUACGAUGGCAUGGACAAUUCUCUGCCUAUUAACGCCGUCACGAACCAGGUUGCGUCCCAAACGACUUUCAGCGGAAUGAACAACAAUGGACAGAAUAACAAGAAUGGAUAUGAUUACAACAACGGAAUGAAUAGCAAUAUGUGGGGUAAUAACAACAGAAUGAGCAACAAUGGAUGGGAUAACAACUAUCAAAUGGUCAAUAACGGUUGGGAUAACAACAAUGCAAUCAACACCAAUGGUUGGGAUAACAACAACGGAUUGGGCAACAUGAGAAUGAACAGCGAUGGAUAUGAUAACAACAAACUAAUGAAUAAUAACGGAUUGAAUAGCAACAACGGGUGGAACGGACAGGGUUGGUAUUACAACAGCGGAAUAAACAGCAACGGAUGGGAUAACAUAGUGAACAACAAUGGAUGGGAAAACAAUAACGAAAUAAACAACAUCGGAUGGGAUAACAACAACAACAAAAUAAGCAACAAUUUAUUCGAAAACAACAGUGGAUCAACAUCCAGUGAAAACCAUGACAUCACUUUCAUAAACAGUCUUGGAUCAGGUGAAACUAAGAUCGACACGACGACAGAGUCUUCCCUAAAGCUUGAAAUACACACUAACAAGUAGCCAUGACUAAUUGAAAAAAUUACCAAAAUAAUUAUCUGCAGGCAUGUCCUUGCAUACAUUUUUUGUAUUAUAUCAUAUCUGUUAAUCGCAUGCUGUGUUGAUGUUUUUUAACGAAUGCUUUUUUGUAAUAAACGUUUCUGUCUUUUUUACACAGGAUUUCCAUGUGUUAGUUAUUAUCGAAGAGGAAAUACA